UCACUAAGAAUCAGGGACGGUGAGCUCCCGGGGCCGCAAUACCCUGAGAACGCAGCUGGGUCGCUGAGCCUCCGGAAUCCGGUAGCUGAAUGAGAUACGCACGGGUCACCGGCUAGAUUGAAAUCUUGCGUCCCUCCCAGCAUCCUGGAGUCACGAGACAGGGGACUAGGACAGAACUCUGGUCCCAGGCGCGCAGGGACUGUAUCGCUGUUCCUGGUGCUGAAACGCCGCGGUUGCCGAGGGCAGCAGCCGCCUGCUCUCAGGGUACCGCGCCGCAGCGGCUGCGGGAGCUGUCCAGUGCUGAACCGGAUGCGGCCCGGUCCGCGGGGCUUAGACCCGAGCCGGCUGCACCCCGCAGAGCCCGGACAGAGCUUCUGGGAGCACUGACUGCAGAGCGCUGGGAGAGUGGGGAGCAGCGGGCUCCAAGCCAGGCAUGGAUCUGCAGAGACUCGACUCCUACCAGGGGGGAGCUGGCCCUGACUUCCAUGAGCACGUCCUGUAUAAGACCAUCCUGGUGGGCGACAGCGGCGUGGGGAAGACAUCUCUGCUCGUUCAGUUCGACCAGGGCAAGUUCAUCCCGGGAUCCUUCUCAGCCACCUUGGGCAUCGGAUUCACAAACAAGGUGGUGACCGUGGAUGGUACGAGGGUGAAGCUACAGAUCUGGGACACCGCAGGGCAGGAGCGGUUCCGCAGUGUCACCCACGCUUAUUACCGAGAUGCCCAGGCCUUGCUCCUGCUGUAUGACAUCACCAACAAAUCUUCCUUCGACAACAUCCGGGCCUGGCUCACUGAGAUUCACGAGUACGCCCAGAGGGAUGUGGUGAUCAUGCUCCUAGGCAACAAGGCGGAUGUGAGCAGUGAAAGGAUGAUCCGUUCAGAGGAUGGAGAGAUGCUGGCCAGGGAGUAUGGCGUUCCCUUCAUGGAGACCAGCGCCAAGACGGGCAUGAACGUGGAGUUAGCCUUUCUGGCCAUUGCCAAGGAGCUGAAAUACAGAGCCGGUCGGCAGGCCAAUGAACCCAGCUUCCAGAUCCGAGACUAUGUGGAAUCCCAGAAGAAGCGGCCCAGCUGCUGCUCUUUCUUGUGAAUCCCAAGGGGCUGAGAGGAAGCUCCAGAGACGCACAAGGAUGCAGCCUUCUCCCUCAGACCUGGUUUAUUCUAAGCGGCUGAGCCAAUGAGGAGAGAGUUGGGGGACCCAGUGCACAGCCCCUCCGUACUCCUGCCCCUAUUCUAGCUCCUGUAGCUUCCCUGCAUCCCCGGAGGAGGGUAAAAUAUUUUUAUUUCAUUUUAAUGAUACAUAAUCUAAUCAAAAGGACACCAGAAAACGGAGGAAGGGAGCUGGUGCCCCUUUUGCCUUCUAGUGCUAGGACUCAGGGGCCUGGGCCUCCCACCUACCCACCAUGAGGGUGAUAUUGCACCAGCUCAGCACCAGGGGGCACUGAUGCACUUCUGGGGUAUGAGGCAGGUAGUGACCCCCAUUCCCACCCUUCAGCUGGCAAGAGGCUGAGCAGACCCAGGCCUUCAUUUCCUCCGGCUCCCCAGAGAACAAUCUUCCCCAAUAAGACAGGGCCCUUGUGCCGGGAGCUAGACCAAAGCCUCAGGAAGAUAAGAGAUGUGGAGAUUGGGCAGGGACCCAGCUCCCUGGGGGGAGGGGGGUAGAGGAGUAACAGAGAUUAGGUCUGUUAGGCUACCUCUGGCCUUACUAGCCCCUCUCUGGGAGGUGCACCCCAUUUCCCCCAGCCCACAAGCACAUUAGGGCACCUGGAAACAUCUGGUUCCUAUUCACUGGACCUCAGAUCCCAGGGGAGCCCCUCCUCCCUGAAUCCCUGGCCUUAUCUUCCUACCUUUCUGCCUGUGUCCCCAGACACCUACAGUUACUGAUAGGGAAAGGUUAUUCUUCUGUUCCAAUCCUUUGGCAGGUAUGCAGCCCACAGGCUACUUCUUCAAGCAGCUGUAGUGCUUCCAUUGGAUAAAGAGCCAGAUAAAAAGAAAGCCCUGACUCCUGGAGUAGGUGGGAGGUAGAAGUGAGCAAACCUCACCCCAUUGUGUAACCCCUAAACCCAAGGGCCAUCUCCUCCCCCAUCAGCCACAUCCUUUUCUUCUCAGACGGACAUUCGGGCCCAAACUGCUUUAUCUCCCUUCGUACUGAGCCAGGUUAGGGAGUGAGAGGUCAUCCAUUUCUGGGAAAAUCAACGCAUUGUAUGCAAAACAAGGUCAUGUGGGUGAGGCUUGGGGUGGGGAGACGGGCAGCAAGGAGUUUACAUGCUAAAGGAGUUUACAUGGGGCCAAGGUCACAUGUCUCCCAAAGCCCUGACCCCAACAAUGGGAAGAGGGCAGGAGACGUGCAGCUUAUGACCUAGAGGCACCUUUACUCCAGCUCUGUUCACCAGGGGUGGGGAGAGGGGUGAGAAAGGUAUGCACUGUACAUUUCUGCAGCUGCUGCAUUUGCUUUCAAGGCAGAAAUCUUGCUCCCAGAGCAGAGUCAGCACGAUAAGGAAGCUCUCCAGGCCUCUCCCGGGCAGAGCAGGGAGGAGCCUGACCUUGCCGGGUUCUUCUGGGGCCCAAGGCAGGUCGCAGGCAAUCCAAUCACAUGGGCUGCUCUGGGCCUUUAGCAUUUGUGUUUUUCAGAAGUAAAUGGCAGUAUUUUGGAAAGUA